UUGAGAGAAGUGAGCAGAGAUAGCUAAGAGUUUGGCAAUGGCUUUAGUGGCAUUGUUUAAUCAAUUGGUGCAAGAACUACAAAGGAGUACUACACUCUUAAAUCUUUUCCUGGUUUCUCUUCUCUUGCUGUCUAUUUUUGUUGUGUUUUCACUUUCUAAAUCAGGUGAGACGCUCAAUUUGCCGCCAUCCCCGGCAAGGUUACCAGUGAUUGGAAACCUUCACCAGCUAGGAAAACUCCCGCACCGCUCUCUUCAAGCUCUUUCAAAGACGUAUGGCCCUCUAAUGCUGCUGCGCUUGGGCCAAGUUCCAACACUAGUAGUUUCAUCUGCGGAGAUGACCAAGCAAAUCGUGCAGAACCAUGAUGAGGUUUUCUCCGGGAGGCCAGAAACGACUGCAGCAAACAUAUUACUUUAUGGCUGCCAAGACAUAGCUUUUGCUCCUUAUGGGGAAUUCUGGAAGCAACUUCGGAAAAUUUCUGUUGUUGAACUUCUAAGCCUUAAAAGAGUGCAACAAUUUCAGUAUGCAAGGGAAGAAGAAGUUUCGGAAUUGAUCAACAGGAUUCGCAAAACAUGUCUCUGUGAGUCUCCUACUAAUCUAAGUGAAAUGCUGAUUACAACCGCCAGCAACAUCAUGUCUAGGUGUAUUCUUGGAGAGAAGUUCGUAGAAGAUGGUGAUUGGUAUGGAAAGACAUCAAGAAGGUUCAUGGUGGAACUAAUGUCAUUCUGUUUCGGAGAUUUCUUCCCUUCUUUGAAAUGGAUUGACACUCUUUCAGGCUUCAUUGCACGGUUGAAAGCAAUUUUUGCUGAAUUAGAUGGAUUUUUUGAUCAGUUGAUUGAAGAACAUAAGAAAGAAGGUGAGCCUGAUAAGAAGGAUUUUUUGGACAUUCUCCUGCAACGUCAAAACAAAGCCACCGUCGAGUUUGAGCUUACUCGAGAUAACCUGAAAGCAAUCCUACAGGAUAUGUUCGUUGCAGGAACUGUUACGACAUCAACAACAAUGGAGUGGUUGAUGACAGAGCUGGCUAGAAAUCCAAGCACGAUGGAGAAAGUCCAAAAGGAGAUAAGAAGUGUGGUGGGGAACAAGGGAAGGGUAGAUGAGAAUGACAUAACUCAAAUGGACUACUUGAAAUGUGUCAUCAAAGAAACUCUGAGACUACAUCCUGUAGCACCUCUUUUAGUUCCUCGAGAAACAAGCGAGGCAGUAGAGUUGGGAGGUUACCAUAUCCCUGCCAAAACAACAGUAUUUGUCAAUGCAUUUGCAAUCCAAAGGGACCCUAAGUUCUGGGAAAGGCCGGAUGAGUUUCUCCCAGAUAGAUUUGAGGGCAACUCAGUCGACUUCAAAGGCGAGGACUUCCAAUUUGUCCCAUUUGGAGGUGGUAGAAGAAGAUGCCCGGGGCAGGCCUUUGCGGUUGCUUCACUUGAAUGUGUUCUUGCCAACCUUCUAUAUUGGUUUGAUUGGAAGUUGCCGAGUGGUAAUGCAUUGGUUGAGGCCUUAGACGUGAGUGAAGUUUAUGGAAUCACGGUGUGUAAGAAAGCUCCUCUUUAUCUUCUCCCGGUACCAUACUCCCCUUGAUCCCUCCAUCCAGAAGUUCCAUGUUGUUAAACUUCAUAUGUGCUCUUAGUCAAGUUCUUUCUUGUUUUUGCAUGUUUUGUUUCUGUUUGCCAUGACCACCAAUAAGCUUGUGCUAGCAAAUCUUU